UGACGACUCCACCAGAAGGCAAGAAGAGGGAGACGUCAUUCUUGUGGCCGUAGCGGCACCUUCUUACCGCUUCCUCCUCUCUCUUACCUGGCCGGUCGGUGGAAAGAGCUCCGCGACUGAGAGGCCAACCGACAAACCUGCAGCAGCCGCGCCACGCUGGACCUAACGGCCGAACCUUCGUUCGCUGUGUGUUCGUGCCAUCCGGAGUGCGUGUGUGUGAAGUGGUGUACCUCUUGGAGAGUUUCUCGGCGCAAGAGUGCUGGCGUGUGGCGACGCCAUCGCAGAGGACAGGUAUUACGAGUAGUGCGACAGAAACAGACGGGCCAUCGUCCCGAUACAACAAGAAGCGUUCAUCUUUCACCGUGUGUCGACGUCACUGGCGGUGGUGUUGUCGAGGUCGAAACGAUGAAUUCUCCGCGAGGAAUGCGGCUAUCCCACCUACCGGUAGAAGGAGUGCUCCUCAGCAGUGACUCUCCGUCGUUACACGGUGCUUGCGACUCGGAUUCCCGGUGUCUGCGAUUCCAAGGCGCCGCGGCGGCGUUGUGACGUCUUUUCGUGUUUCUUUUGUGCACUUUCUCAAGAGGAGCGGCGAAGGCAGGUGACCCUGGGAUGUUGUCAGAGCCGCGGCGCACGCAGCAGCAGCAGCAGCAGCGCUCCUCCCACGAGGACAGUCACCAGUCCUCGUCUAAUGGACGCCGCCAGCCCAACGGAACAGUGCUGAGCAACGGACACCUCCACCAGACUGCUUGGCAGAACAGCUACAACAGGCCGCCCAGCCGGCAUAACCAGCAGCACAGCCACCACCAUCAUCAACAGCCGCAGCACAUCCACCAGCACCAGGCAGCAACCGCGACGUCCGUCCUCGCCGUCGGACGAGACGAGCAGUUCGUCGGACGACCGCGAGGAGAUGGCGCGAUCGCUGGUGCGAAGACCCGGACCAGGACACGCCAACAAACACUGGGCGCCCGGUGCAGCUCACGACUUUCGCGGGACGCUCAGGUCCACGCGUAGUGUCCCGGCGCUGGCUUUGGCCACUUGGGAUGGCGAGCCCUGUCCCGUUCACGGCCACGGCCCGGCCGCCUUCUAUCCUCCGGCGCACGGACACCCACCACCCCCAGCCACGCCACAGCAGGGCAUGCACCCACCGCCACCCAUGUCGGCUCAAGCGACCAUGAGGAGGUUCGGCUCCAUGUUCGACGUGCGACCCGGUUUCUACCCGCUCACAGCGAUGGACCGCAAGUCGAUGCACGGCUCCAUGAGCGUCCUGAACGUGCCCCCACCUCCUCCCUCCGUGCUGCCCCCGGUGGGCGGCCCCCCUAUACCACCCAUGGGUCCACCGCCGUUCCUGCCGCCACCGCACCUCAUGCCGCCCAUGAUGCGGCCACGGCCGUACGUGUACCCGGCCGAACCGCUACCCACGAGGGACCCGUACCGCUCAAAGACACCCGUCCUGCAGGCGCCCAAGAUGGAGCAGGACUAUUACUCGGUCGACCAGGUGUGUUGCAAGGGUCACCUCAUCGUACUCUGGAUCAUCCUGGCAGUAGUGACGAUAGGCGUAAUCCUCGGCAUAAUCCUGGGGGUAACCGUCACCUAAGCCUACACUUCACGGGUGGGACUCAGUUCAACAGGGCGAUUUUUCAGGGAUGCCUACCGGUUCAAUGCAUCGCGAACUUCUUACUGGAGCCUCUCUUAGGUGCCGUACCAAAGUGGUGUUGCGUAAUUGAUAGCGACGACUGGUUGGAACCGAAUGUUAUCAUUCGUUUCCUUGAGCAAAAAGCAAAAAAAAAAUUAUUUUAUACAGAGAAGACCGUGAAUCCUGUUCCGGUGGCAGAGGAAUGCCACGGUGGAUGCGCUUAUGAGAACACACACAAAAGAACGACGUAUACGUGCGAUCUAACAAAAGCCAUUCCCGGCCCCGGAGGCUGCAUUUCGAUAAUAUCCAAAAACACGGGUUUUGCUUAGACUUAAGUACACGUUUACAACCUAAGACGCUCAACCGUAAUUUACAGAUACCCCAAAGUGUGCAUGCUUGUGAUAUUAUCGUUUUUGCACGUAAAACAUCAGAACUUAACUUUCUAUUUCAAUGGAUAUGCAUUUUUUUUACUGUAGAUGCAGCUAAAUUUCGCCAGAUAGACUAUACUGUGGCCUAGCAAAAAGCAUUUAUGGGCAUACUGGACGUGUAAAUGUGAAAUUGAAAUCUGGCCUUUAUGAUAUUUAUAACUUAAGUGUCCUAUGCUAUUCUUGUAUCUGCUGUGGCUUUAAGCUCACGCCAGUGCCAUCUUACUGGAUUCUCGGUCUCUCUCACAUCCAUAUAUCUUCCCUCACGGAUUAUCCUAUGCAGAUAAAAGUAAUUGAGAAACACAGGUAAGACUUAGGUUUGCCAAUAGCGACUUUCCUGAAGAUGUACGAGGCUUUACUUUUUCCACUUAAGGCGAAAAAAAAAAGGCAACAUCACUAUGCACUUCCUGCCUUUCACAUUCCUACAAAUGCCCAUCACUGUUUCUUUCUAUCAGGCAUGUGUAGCGAAUGGUGUGAACUUGGAGUGAACUGUACCUUCAUUUCACGCUACACAGACAAAAGCAAAACAGCCUGUCCCAACGCAGGGUGUCAACUACGUAGUACAUGGUGCCGACAGCAUGGUACACGGCACCAACUACAUGGCACAUGUUCCGACGACAUAUGUCUACAUGUGGCUACGCGGCAUAUGUGCGCUCGUAGGGCAUGUGUCGACGACGUAGAGCCCCUGGCCGUGUCUACAUACGUAUACCACAGUGUCAACUACGGCACACUUUUCGUUGCUUUUCAAUGCUGCCUUGCAACUGGUGCGUGUGUGCGUGAACUCAAUUCACCACGCUGAGGCUCUAGUAUUUACUGCUCAAUUGUUAAGCCACGUCGAGCGGAGAAGUGAAUUGUUUUACUAUGGAAGCCUCGGACAUGAACUAGAUUCGCAGAUGACGUGGUCCGUCGAUUUCCGUGUGAACACUGAUGGCAGAAAGUGUACAGUAUUUAAGAAUGGUAAGCAUGGGACUCUUUGUAUUACGCAGUGUUUGACUGAAAGCAAGCUAGAAUAUAGUAGAGCCCGACACAUUGUCAUUCCCGCCCGGCACACAUACUGCAAGAAGGUCACGGGGAAAAAAGACUAGAAGUGCAACGAAUGCCUUUGAAAAGAAGUACUGUAAUUGCCAAUUGCCGGCAUAACGAGUGUCUCGCACAGACAAUGAUAGCGUUACGGCUUGCAGCAAAUUUUUGCCCAAAUUUGCUGGAGCUGGCGCAGCAAGUCAGCGUUUUUGUUGUCUCUGUCUAUUUUUUUUUUUCGUUACCGAAUAAGCACUUAGAAAUUCCCCUAAGUUAACGCAGGAAGUAUGAUUUGAAACGUAGUCCAAACAACGAGCGAUCCAGUGGAGUGGUGAUAAAAUUUCUGGAGUGUUAAGUGACGCAGGACAUUCAGCUUUCUCCCGCGUCCUUCGACAACUUUCGUAUGAAUUCAUCAAACACUGAUUCAGGAAGUUAUGACAGUGUUUCUUCGGAAACCACUGUCUAAAAAGCCAAGUCCGUGUACACAGCGACAAUAACGAUAAGAAUGACACGAAGGGUGACACGUUUGGCAGCGUGCUCUUUUACGCAAGAUGCGCGGGUUGCUUACGUCACAAUGCUUCCGGUGUUUAAUAUUCGCGUGCAUGUUGUCACUGCCAGCAAGCACUUGCCUCAGACGGAAGUAACCGAGUCAAACGCUCAUUUGGCAAAAGCUCAGGUUGUACGCAACGUACUGGGGGAACGAAUAGCCAUUUAGUGUGAACGUAUGACUUCUCCCUUUGAUUGAGCCCAUACGAUGAAACAUCGUUCAUCAGGAAAGUGGUCCCUGUGCUUCCCUUGGAACUUCGUUCUUUUUUGUAUGCGUCUACUGAUAAGGCGAAACAAAAUAUUGAGGCCAUUACCAGAGAACGAUGUAUCUUAAUGAGUUGUGUAUCUUAAAACAUUGAUAAUAAUAUAUGUGUCGAAUAUUAAAGCUUUCUAUCUACAAACCCUA